AUGAUUAUAUGGGAUGAAGCUCCAAUGAGCGAUCGUCGUUAUUUUGAAUUUCUUGACAAAUCAUUAAGAGAUGUUCUUGAGGAUGACACACGUUUUUUUGGUGGGAUGUCAAUGUUGUUAGGAGGUGAUUUUCGCCAAACACUACCUGUUCAACCUAAAAGUAGGAAAGCACAGAUAAUCAAUCUAACCUUACCGAAUUCUUAUCUUUGGUCACAUUUUACCGUCUAUAGAUUACAUCGUAAUAUGCGACUGUCUGAAACAGAGACUUCGGUUGUCUCUUCAAGUCACACAUCUGAUUUUGCUUCGUGGUUGCUUGACAUUGGCAAUAGAAAGAUAGGAACUCCAGAUAAAGAUGAUCCAGAAAAUACAAAGAUUAUGCAUAUACCACAACCUUUCCUUAUCAGAUCAGAAAACAUGGGAUUAGAAUCGCUUAUAGAUUUCGUUUAUGGUUAUGACAUGCUAGCCAAUCCAACUCCUGAAGAUUUAUCUGUCAGGGCUAUUAUAUGUCCCAAAAAUGAGACAGCAGACCGAGUGAAUACUUUAAUAUUAUCAAAAACCAAAGGUGAACAAAUUAUAUACAACAGUUGUGACUCUAUCAAAUCACCAGGUCGAGAUACAUUAGAACUAGAUGCACUGUAUCCACAAGAAUAUCUAAACAAUUUAGAUUUCUCUGGUGUUCCUCCACAUAAACUGUUGUUAAAAGUUAACACACCAGUUAUGCUUUUAAGAAAUAUUAACCAAAGGGAAGGAUUGUGCAAUGGAACACGAUUAAUCAUUACACAGUUACUGCCUUUUGUUAUUAAGGCUUCCAUAAUAACAGGGACGUCAAUAGGCAAACGGGUAUACAUUCCGAGAAUUAGAUUUGUACACAAUAGUUCAGACUUACCAUUCAUCUUCACUCGAAAACAGUUUCCCUUCAAAGUUUGUUACGCAAUGACUAUAAAUAAAAGUCAAGGGCAAUCGCUCAAAAAAGUUGGUUUAUUUCUUGAAAACUCCGUAUUCACACACGGUCAACUGUAUGUCGCCAUAUCAAGGGCAACUUCCCCAUACUCAAUCAAGAUUCUACUACAACAAGACGAUAAUUUACCAGUGAACUGUACCAAGAAUGUCGUAUUCAAUGAUUUGUUAACAAAAGUUGACAUGCGUGAGGUCUACAUAUCAUAUACAUCCACACAGAUAUGA